GUGCAGGUGUAUUGGGUGUGAACUAUGGCAUAGUGAUGUUGAUUGCUAAUUAGAAUGCAGUGUUGUGAUAGUGCCUGCGUUCUGUCAGCGAGUCAAAGUUUAAACUCCAGUGGUGUCUCCUCAUGCACUAGCAUCACUGUUUUGAUGUUCUCUUGCAGUUUUAGGAGCCAGAGUGUCCACAAUGCGUGACCAGGCAGGAAUCAGGCAAAUAGAACUUGCAGGUGACGUCAGAGUGAAGACGGUGUGCUGCUGCCCAAAUUAGUCUCAUUGAUGAUGAGAUGUAGAUGCUACUCAGGCGUGCAUAUCUGUCAUUGUAGCAGUAGCGUCUUGGCAGUUUCGUAUUUCUAAGAAGCUAGAACAUCCAAAAGCAAGCCACUCACAAGAUCUGCAUUGUCUCCAACGUGGCUAAGAAGAGGUGAACUUCUCGUUGUUCCCAAUGAUGGCCAUUAUACCACCCACAACAUCCAAAACUACAGUUGUUCCUUGAGGUUUCUUCUGCAAUGUGGUUUUCCCUUAGUGAAUGUUUGAAGUCAGCCAGUGGCUCCACCCCCAUCUCAUGAUGGAGCCUUUCAAUCAAAUGAUUGUAAGACACCAUAAUGAGGUGGGAAUGGCACGGUGCAGGAGACCCAGGAGUAUCGGUGCGCAAGAUGGGCAGGAAAUGCAGCUUGACUAGGGUGAUCUGUGAUCAGGUGGGCCAUGUCAUGGCAUGGUUGGCAUCAGUGUCAUGCAGCAAUGUAUGUAGAACUUGGCUGGUUGUUCAAGGAAUGGCCACAAGUGUGAGUGAAUUUCCGGGACCGAUGCGGUAGGUAUGACUUUCUGAAUUUCAAAUGACUGAGAAAGUCUGCAUGAGGUCCUGGCUCCAUAAAGAAGGGAGGCAAUAGUCCAUUUAUUAUCCAGCAACACUCUCUGUGUCUCACAGAGGUCGUGCAAAUGUGCAGUCAUUUGUGACGCGGCAAACGCAGGUGUGAUGUCGGGCGACCCAGGAGGGAGAAUUAUCUGACCUUGCUGAGACAAGAUCAUGGAAAAUGCAUUCUCAGAGUCAGAGGCCAUAGUUGGUUUUGGUGUUGGGUGUGGGUGAUGCAAAUAUGAAGCGCAGUGCUGCACUGGAAGCAGGUUUGUUUUGAAGCCCAGCGCAGCUUGCGUGAUGGGGAUAUGAGUGCAUCAUGUUCUGUCUCACGAAACUCAUAUUUAGUCGCUAUGGUUGAAACAGGAUUUGGAAAAUCGGAAAGCACAGGUACUGAAAGGUGGUGUAAAACUUGAUCCCGUGGCCCAUUGGCAGAAUGAUGACUAAACGGAACAAUGGAGUGGUAUGGCGUGGGCCAUUGUCAUUCAACUGUAACAGCACUGUGGGAAUCGUCCGUAUGGUUCAGAUCGUUAAUGUAAGUGACAUAAUGCACAAAAUAACUAGCACUGGAAUAUGCAAUGUUUUGUCCUGUGCAAAAGUUGAAGGUACUGAGAUUAAUGUUUGUUAUGGAUGUGGCCGGCCAUUGUUUAUUGUCUCUCCGCCACACUUCUGUAAUGGCAGCAUUCUUGACGAUGUAGCCAGCACGGCAGAUUUUCAACUUAAUAUCAAAAUCCCAGCGCGAUGUGGAAAUUCAGGGUCACCAGUGGGGGAAAUGUACCAGCAGUGCGAUAGCAGAAUAGUGACACAGCAUAUGUAUAUGAUUUCCACACUGUUUAUUAGCAAGCACUUGUACAUAACAGAUGUAAGGGUUUUGAGUGUACAGAGCAUACUAACUCUCACUGCCUUGCAGGGCAGCGAUCAUCAUUUACAGAGUCAGGAAUGUUACUCCACCACUUUCCUAUUCCAUGUACUUACUGUCUGUCCAUCCCACCUUCUUCUCCAACUUUGCCUUCCCCUCUCCACUUCCUUUAUCUCCUCAGCCAAUCCACUUGAUAAAACCCCUCAUUCCAGUUGAGCUGCAGUGUUAUUACUUGCUAGGACAAUAGAGCAGUGUAGGUGUGUGUGUGUGUGUGUGUGUGUGUGUGUGUGUGUGUGUGUGUGUGUGUGUGUGUGUGUGUUUGUGUGGGUGGGUGGGUGGGUGGGUGCAUUCACGUGCAUGUAUGCGAGUGCACGUGCACGCGUACAUGCAGUACUCUAAUUAGCUCUGAAGAAAGAUGCCACACAAAAGCUUAGAAACAUUUUCAGUCUUUUUUUAUGUUCCUGUUGACCAUUGAGUGUUUUGACAGUAAUGUUUGUUGUUAU